AUGCAUAAGAUUAUACAAGAAUUAUUACAUUUUGGUUUAAUUCGUCCAUCUUAUUCACCUCAUGAUGCAACUGCAUUACUCAUUCCUAAAAAUGAUGGUACAUGGAGAAUGAUAGUUGAUUAUAAAAAAUUAAAUAAUAUUACUAUUAAAGAUAACCAUCCGUUACCGAAUAUGGAACAAGCGCUCCAGAUAUUAGGUGCUGGUUAUCAAUUCCUUUUCAAGUUGGGUAUGAAAAGCGGAUUCUGGCAGAUUCCAAUUAAAGAAGAAGACAUACAAAUAACACCAUUUAUUACUCCAGAUAGUCUUUACGAAUGGAAUGUAUUAGCUCAAGGAUUAAAGAAUAGUCCACCAUCUUUUCAACGAAUUAUGGCUGAUAUAUUAUCUUUAUUUUAUUCUCAAUCAUUUGAUGAACAUCUCAAUAAUGUUAUACAAGUAUUAUCGAUCUUAUUACAACAUAAUUUUCAACUUAAUCCAGUCAAAUGCAGCAUCUUUCAACAAAAAAUUGAUUAUUUAUCACAUACAAUUUCUGUAACUGGUGUUAAACCAACUGAUGAAAAAAUUCAAGCAAUUAUUAGAUUAUCUGAACCUAAAGCAUUACCUGAAGCAAAUAAAUUUCUUGGUGCAUUAUCUUGGUAUCGUAAAUUUCUACCUCAAUUUGCAACAAUUGCUGUGCCUAUUUAUGCUAUUACAAAUUUAACAAAGCUGAAUAGAAAAAAAAUUAGUUGGAGAGAGCCACAGAGACAAACAUUUUUACAAUUAAAAGAAUUUUUAGUUAAUUCUCCAUUAUUUCUUGAUUUUCCUAAUGAUAAUUACCCGGUUAUAUUGACAAUUGAUGCAUCGAAACUCGGCAUUGGUGGUAUAUUACAACAAAUCAUUAAUGGAGAAACAAAAAAAUUUAAAUUAUCAUCCCCAUGUGGCCUCCUCUACUCAAAGAAGAUAUGA